CUGGGCUAGAAGUGCAAGAACGAACACGGGUUCUCUUUCAUAGAAGGGAAUCUCUGGACAGAAACUACGUACAUUAGAUGUCAAAUGAGAGUGAAGAUGCUUUGGUCUUGGGUCUGCCUCUUGCUUUCCACUCUAUGUGUGACUUCCGCUUUUGGUGGCAAGGUGCUUGUUUUUCCAUUGGAUGGAAGCCACUGGGUGAACAUGAAAGUGGUUAUUGAGGGACUGCACUCGAGAGGGCACCAGGUUGACGUGUUGCGAACGGACGACAGCUGGUACAUCAAGGAAAAGUCCCCGCACUACACCGCCAUCACGCUUGACGUGGAGUCGGGCUUCAGCAAAGAUUUGAUUAUUGAGUUUGUGGAGCAGUUGCUGCGCAUCCAGCGACAAGGCAAGUCCCUCUGGAAUCGUUUAAAACUGGAAAGGGAGCAAAGUGAAAAAGCCUCAGGGAUGCAUGAGAAAACAAGCAAAUUGCUGAUGUGGAUUUUCGAGAAUAAAACAAUGGUGGAGUCACUGCGAAGUGCCAAAUAUGACCUCGUUCUGACAGACCCGGCAGUGCCGUGCGGUGUUAUUCUCGCCCACUACCUGAAGCUGCCUCUGGUUCUCAACGUGAGAUGGACCACCCACGGCGAGGGGCAUUUCGCAAUCGCACCGUCCCCUCUCUCGUACGUGCCCCUUACAGGGACAGAAUUUUCUGAUAAGAUGAGUUUUUUUGAAAGAGUAGUAAACAAUUUGUUAUUUAUCUUUGCCGAAUAUCAAUACUCAAAGUACAUCGAAUCGCAUUACGAUGGCGUGGUUCAAAAAUAUUUAAGCCCCGACACAGACUACCGUUCGCUGUUCCAAGCAGCAGACCUGUGGCUCAUGAGAGUGGACUUUGUCUUUGAGUUCCCACGCCCCACCAUGCCCAACGUCAUCUACAUGGGGGGCUUCCAGUGUAAGCCUGCCAAGCCUCUACCCAACCACCUGGAAGAGUUCGUCCAGAGUUCCGGGGAACACGGAUUCAUCAUCAUGUCCCUGGGGACUCUAAUCGCAGAACUUCCUAACGACUUAGCCGACGGAAUUGCGGCAGCUUUUGCCAAGCUCCCCCAGAAGGUCAUCUGGAGGUAUAAAGGUGCUAAACCCUCCACUCUGGGCAACAACACUCUCCUGGUGGACUGGAUGCCACAAAACGACCUUCUUGGACAUCCCAAGAUGAAACUCUUUGUUGCUCAUGGUGGGACAAACGGCGUCCAGGAAGCAAUUUAUCACGGCGUGCCAAUCCUCGGGCUUCCGCUCAUUUUCGAUCAACGAGAUAAUCUACUCAGGAUUACGGUGAGAAAAGCCGGGAAAGUCCUGGAUAUAGUCACCCUGGAUCAUGAUAUAUUCUACCAGGGCAUACAAGAAGUCCUGUCAGAUCCAUCCUAUAGGAACAACAUGCAGAGGCUAUCCAGGCUGCACAAAGAUCAGCCCAUCCCACCGCUCGACAGCGCCCUCUUCUGGAUUGAGUUUGUCAUGAGGCACAAGGGCGCAGCUCACCUGAGGACCGAGUCGUAUCAGAUGCCUUGGUAUGUUUACCAUUCUGUGGACGUGCUCCUCUUCUUGUCUGCUGUAGUGCUGCUCAUUCUCGGUGCUCUUAGCACAUUCACUUACUGGCUUUGCUCCAAAUUGUGCCUGAAAAGAAAAUGUAAACAUGACUAAAGUUAUGUACAAGUUACUUGACAGCUGAACUUCACAAUGUACAAUAUCGUGACUUGUAACCUCAAGUAAGUCACAAGUCAAGUCGGACAAUCUUGCACUGUUGAUUCAUGCAUAUAAACUUGAUGUAACUUAUCUUUGCGGGUUGUAUGAUGAAAGAUGACGUCCGACUUGUUGCGUCUCUUUUUGUUGGUCAUCUUGUGUUUUUGCCAAUGUCCCUUUCUUGAGUUUAUAAAAAUCCUAAUCCUUGAAUCCAAAUGUAAUAUUCUUCGGAGAUUUCUCCUUGAUGCUUCUGGAGGUGGUUUUCCUUAAUGGAAAACUCAAAUAGACAUGGGAGAUCCCUGAUGGUUGUGUAUUACAAAAAUAAUGUAUUUUAUUAAAAGACAAUAUUAAAAAAAACAUUUAAAUACUGGAACAGAAUAUACGUUUUUCCCGUGG